AUGGCUUCAUUCCUAUCAAAACUAUGCACAGCAUCUCUUCUUGUCAUGCUCUUCUCCUCUCCAUGUCUUGCAGUUGUUUCCUCCUCAGUCUUCAACUCCCCAGACACCAUUUGCAACUCCACACCUUAUCCUUCCUUCUGCAAAUCCAUGCUGCCAAACAACCGUUCCGGCACCAUUUUCGACUAUGGUCGAAUUUCAUUCCACCAAUCCAUAUCAACAGCCAAAGGGUUCCUUUCACUACUCAAUCAGUACCUGAAAUCAAGCUCCAACUUGUCUCAAUCCACCAUUGGAGCUCUCCAGGAUUGUCAAUUCCUAGCAGGACUAAACCAGGAUUUCCUGAUAAACACCCUGGCGAUUGUCAAUAACACCAAUAGUACACUUCAUAGCUCACAAGCUGAAGAUUUACAUUCACUGCUUAGUGCUGUCAUAACUAAUCAAGAUACUUGUCUUGAUGGGAUUCAAGCCACAUUCACAGCUUCAAGCAUCAGGAAUUCUCUCUCAGAACCUAUUCAGAAUGGAACCAAGGCAUACAGUGUCUCUCUGGGACUUUUCACAAACAGUUGGGGUACUCAUGUUGGAUUCAGAUCCAGAUGGCUUAGAGAAAGGAAGCUGACCGCAUUUUCCAACACCCAGAAUCAGAAAACAUAUGGGUUUUUCAGGAGAAGGAUGAUUCUUCAAACAACUCCAGUUAUUGGCAAUGUUUCAGUAAGCCAAAUGGUGGUUGUGAAUCCUGAUGGAACUGGAAAUUUUACCACCAUUAACGACGCGGUGAAGGUGGCACCAAACAACACUAAAGGCAGCAGCUACUUUGUGAUUUAUGUGGUUGCAGGGAUUUAUGAAGAGUAUGUUUCCAUUCCUAGCAACAAAAAGUACGUGAUGAUGAUUGGAGAUGGUAUUAAUCAGACGAUAAUCACCGGCAACCACAGUGUUGCUGAUAAUUGGACUACCUUCAAUUCUGCUACUUUUGCUGUGGUAGCACAAGGAUUUGUGGCAGUGAACAUAACAUUCCGUAACACAGCAGGAGCAAUCCAACAACAAGCAGUAGCUCUCCGAAAUGGGGCGGACUUGUCUGCAUUCUACAAAUGCAGCUUCGAGGGCUACCAAGACACACUUUAUACACAUUCUCUCAGACAAUUCUAUCGAGAAUGCAAUAUCUAUGGUACUAUUGACUUCAUAUUUGGUAAUGCAGCCGUCGUUUUCCAAAACUGUAAUAUUUACUCGCGACUUCCAUUGUCCGGACAAUUCAAUACGAUAACUGCGCAAGGCCGAACAGAUCCUAACCAAAACACAGGUACUUCAAUUCAGGGUUGUAGUAUUACAGCAUCUAGUGACUUAGCCUCGUCGAAUGGCACGACAAAAACAUAUCUGGGCAGGCCAUGGAAGGAGUAUUCGAGGACUGUUUAUAUGCAAUCCUUUAUAGAUAGCCUGAUUGAUCCGUCCGGUUGGCACGAAUGGUCGGGCAAUUUUUCGCUUAGUACGCUCUAUUAUGCUGAAUUUAACAACACUGGUCCUGGAUCAAACACUUCUAGUAGAGUUACGUGGCCUGGUUAUCGUGUGAUAAAUGAAAGUGAUGCAGUUACCUUCACUGUGUCCAACUUUAUAAUAGGGGAUUAUUGGUUGAAUACCACUGCUGUUCCUUACACUGGUGGAUUUAUCAAUCAGUCAUGA